AUGGAGGACGGAGAAGAAGAGGCAGUAGAGGUGGUGGUUGUAGCAGUGCCCACGAUAGCUGUUCCCACAGAAAUCCCUCUUCCCUCGGGAGAAAUUAUUGAGUGGGCAUUACCCAGAAUUGCUGAUGGGAUAGGGAUAAACAGGAUUAUAACAGGUGAUCUAAGCAGGCUAUCAGAUAAGGAGGCAAGCAGUUUGGGUGAAACGAAUGUGCUCGUCUUCGACCCGGGGUGUGGAACAAUUGACGUCUCUUUCCUCACCAUUGAAGAUGGCAUCUAUGAAGUGGAAGCCAUAGCUGGUGAAUAUUCUGAUGAUAGGAGGGUGAAUCAAUUCUUUCAGGGAUUCAAGUGA